AUGGCGUUGCCGCGGCCUCUACAUGUCAAGUAUCUGAUGGAUCCCUCUGUCGACUCGUUUUUGACACCCACAUCGCCUAGUAGACUCUACGUUGAACAUCGCUGGCAUAAGUUGAUGUACCGUACUAUAUUGUGGCUGAUCCCUGCCCUGCGUGCUGCGCUCUCCGAAGCAAAGCAUGGACUGAAGCAUGGCGGAAAGGAGGAAGACGAUGGUGAAGACGCUAUCGAAGAGCCCCCUGCCACUACAUCGUUCCCCUCCAACACAACGACUGUAAUCUCGACGGUUCAACCGUCUAGCUCGUCGAGUAGCGCUAUAUCUUCCUUACCCUUCCAAUGGGACAACCCUUCCAAUACGUCCACAUGCCAGUCGACCACUUUUACCUGGCGCGUGUCCGAUUCUCGAGCCGCUCCAAUGACGAUAACUGUUACAAACGAGCGCGUGGCUCAACAAGGGCCAGGCCUCCCUCCUCCUAGCACUCACGAUGCCACUCCCCUUAUUACACGUACAGUCAACAAAACUGCCUCUCCGAGCGCACAACGGCAGGACUGGCCAUUGGUGGAUGUCCCCCAAGGGUGGUAUGUUGCUAUAGCAUUCAAUCCCAACCAAGCCGUUCCCCAAAUAUCGCGAUCGCCACAAUUCUUCGUUAACAAUGGCACAGAUCUGUCAUGCCUGCCAACACCUCCAGUAUUUCCACCGUCUUCGCAGUCACCCUCAUCGCCUUCCCCAUCCGCUGCUGACACCACGUCAGCACCACCUUCUGGAGGAUCCCUAGCGACGCCUCAACUCAUUGGGACCAUCUGCGGGGUUGUAGGGGCCAUUGCCUUGCUCGUUAUCGUCUUUACUGUCCCAUCCAUUUGGCACCGGUUUCUUCCCAAGCAAAAGCCAAAGCGACCCGGAGGACCAUUGCUUUUAUACUAA